AUGCCUGGGAGACGUCUUAGAACUUUAAAAGCGGAAAAGCCCCACUCUUAGGGGACAGUGCUGGGGGACACGAUGAAAUCCUGGAAUGAUAGCCAGUCGGAUCUCUGCAGCAGUGACCAAGAAGAGGAAGAAGAGAUGAUUUUUGGUGAAAAUGAAGAUGACUUGGAAGAGAUGAUGGAUUUAAGUGAUCUGCCUACCUCACUUUUUGCUUGCAGUGUCCAUGAAGCAGUGUUCGAGGUACAAGAGCAAAAGGAGAGAUUUGAAGCACUUUUCACCAACUAUGAUGACCAGGUUACGUUCCAGUUGUUUAAAAGCUUCAGGAGAGUCAGAAUUAACUUCAGCAAGCCAGAAGCAGCGGCCAGAGCACGGCUAGAGCUCCACGAGACAGACUUCAGCGGGAGGAAGCUGAAGCUCUAUUUUGCACAGGUCCAGACGUCCAGUGAGACACGAGACAAAUCCUACUUGCAGCCACCCCAGCCAGCCAAGCAGUUCCUCAUCUCCCCCCCAGCCUCUCCUCCAGUGGGGUGGAAGCAGGGUGAAGAUGCAAUGCCUGUCAUAAACUACGACUUACUCUGUGCUGUUUCCAAAUUGGGGCCAGGGGAGAAAUACGAACUUCACGCAGGAACCGAGUCUACACCCAGUGUGGUGGUGCAUGUCUGCGAAAGUGAAACUGAGGAGGAAGAGGAAACAAAAAACCCCAAGCAGAAGAUCACCCAGACAAGGCGCCCGGAAGCUCCAGCUUCAGCCCUCAGCGAGCCCCAGACCUUCGACUGUGCUCUGUGAGAGCCCGGGUUUGCUGGGUGGCAGCUGCCUUGUGGGGCUUCAGGGAUGGAGGGCGCCCUCGGAGCCACGCACAGAGGCUGGGCUGGGUGUGCCCGCCUGCGCUGUGGGCGGGCGGUACAGACCCGCAGCCGGCUGUACAUGCUCAGAUGUCUGCUGGUCAUCGGGACAGCACUUUAAAGCAUUGGCCCCCAACAUGUGGCAAAGCUUGACCAUUUUUAAACAGUAGCAAGUUAGCAACUGGUUCCCCUCUGCCAUGUUCACUUUCCUGAUUCCAUAGAGCCUGGGGGCAUCCCAACACUGGAAUGAUAGCCACCGAGUGCAGUACCAUUUUUAUGAAUUUAAAAAUAGUCUUACAAUUUUAAUAAUCUAGUGUAUUUUUGUACUGGUGUAAUAGCUUCAAACUAACCUGUGGAUCAAAAGUUAAUUGCUAUUGAGCACACCUGAAUUUUUUUGCACAAAAAGAAUCCUGAAAUAUAGACUAAUUCGCAGAAAAUAAUUUUUCGAGAGUAUUUUUUUUUUCUCUAGUUUUGGGGAAGAAAUGCCAAAUGCACUUUGAACGUCGGAAUCAAAUGGCACAGAUGUGUGUGGGUGCUGCUCUGGUGCCUGUGACGCUUACUGAGCCCGCAGGGAGGUGGCCGCACCAUGUUCCUCGCCUCCGCCCGCCCUGGAAGUGGGACCGGGAGCUCGGUGCCCUGGGAUGCAGGUGGCGACUGUGACCUGUCCCUGUGACCGUGCUCUGGCUUGUGGCUAUCCCAAGCUCCUUCAGCGCCGUGGAGUUCCUCUCUGCUCUCCGCUGGUGCGUGCUCACAGGCCUUAAAUCAGAAACAGUAAUGACAAGGUUGUCCGAAGACCGUAUGAAACCCCCACCUAGUGUUUCCUCACUCGCUUUGAAAGAAAAGCCACACGCACACCUGUUUUGUGAAUUAGGGGACGAUGGGGGCGAUCCCUCAUUGGCCAGCCUUUCUUUUUGGUGACAUUUCUUGCCCUGGCGUACAGCUGGUACCUUUCCCUAACGCGGGAUUGUCUCUUGCUGGUACUUCAAAGUGUUUUGACCUGGCAGCAGGCGUCUUUCUGCUCUGAGAUCUGGUCCUGAGGUGAGCCCAUUGCUUGGCCAGGGCUCUGCCAAAUGUACUCACCUGUUUCCUGCCUUGGGGCCUGCCUGGGCUGCGCAAGGAGUUGGCUCCGACAGAUUCAGGCCAUGAUGGGUAACAUGUCGUAGUUGAGAUGUUCUCACUAUGUUGGGGUUCAUUCCUGAAGACAGUUUUCUAUAUUUUCCUGGCCCUCCAGUACCCCAGGGUGGUAAACUCUCCCGCUGAUGUACACCCAUCACUGCUAAGCUGCCGUGUCGAGUGAGAUGGCAUCUGUGAUUCUAUAAGCAGAGUAUUGAAUUCAGACUAUUUGGCAUUUUCACUGAACAGCCACUUCAUACUUUGAUGUUGCAAGUUUAAAUCGGCAUUGGCUGUUUGUUUAAUCUCCAGUUUGCACUAACUUGUGGUAGAAUUACUACUUUCCUUUUAGGUAACAUUUAUUCACCAUAAUUUUCUGACUAGUUAAAAUCAAGAUAUUUUAUUAUUUGAUUUGACUUUCAGUUUUUACCACCCAAUUAUAGAAUAUUCUAUCCUUGACAUAUAAAACUUUUUUGAAAGUAAAGCAGUACAAGUUACCCAAACUUUGCUCUUGCUCUGAUAGUUUUGCGAAUAGUGAAUAAAUUGAAGAAAAACUCAAAGCAAAAUUGAAUAAAUAUAUUAAAUGUAGACAUAUUAGUAUUUAUUAUAUAUAGGUAUAUAUAUUUGUCAGUGUAUCAUUAUUUAAUCUAUUACAUUUGUCUGAAUGGAGGACAUUAAUACUUCCAUUAUUCUAGUAUAUUUACAUAAAGUGAAUCUAAAAUGAAAACCACUAAAUGCCCAUUGUGAAAUCAACCAGGAUCUCAGGUGGCAUUAUGGUGUCUGUCCCUUCUUUGUCUUUUUAAAUAAAUGUAUCUACAUUUUUCCUUCUUUGAAAUUAUUAGAUUUAACUUUGACAGUAGUCAUGUUUUCUUUAAAAAUCGUGACUGUGCUUGGGAAUCACAUUCCUCAGACAGUUGUGAGAAAGUGGCACUGACGUGAUGCUCUGUGAAGCCAGGAAAACCACAACCUGGCUGGACCGAGGACGCACUGGCCCCUCUUACACCCCCUCCUGGCCAGAAGCUCGACCUUUCGGCACUAGCUUGACGUGCUGAGAGAACGAAAUGUAAGAACAGUAUCCUUACCUUGGGGCAUCAAAGUCUCUCUCAUCCUCCUCCAGAAUUUUAUACACUAAAAUCUAUCAGUGAAGAGCCAAAUAAAAACUAUUAGGAAUUUUUCAGCUUUACAAAAAGAUCUAAACAGGUAGCUGCACCUAUGGGACAUGUGAAUAGGGCACCCCAGCAGAUAGAGGUCGGCAUCAUACUUGGGUUCUUUCAAAUAUAUGUUUUACGUGUAUAUGUAUAUACAUCAAUGCACAUAGUCGUUUUUGUUUCCCAUUCACAUUAAUUCCAUUUUUUUAAAAAAAUGCUGUGAAAAGACUUGAUUUUAAAAAAGGUGAAAAUAUUUGAUUUUCUCAGAAUCCCAGUGACAGAGCUCACAGUGACUUUGGAGGUCACUGGCUCUCAUCCUGGUCACACCGAUGAGUAAACUGAGGCCGCAGAGCCACAGGGAGGCAGCCCCUGGCUGCAGCGGGCAACCCCACCCCCCAGGCUAGUGCUUUGCCUACUUUUUCUUGCAUUGACCUCUGAAAAACACUCAGAGUCCCUGUCAUAAGAAAACAAACAAAAAGAAACACCACCCCACCCCGCCAAUAAGGUACAACAAAUAAGGAAAGCCUUAUUUGUUGAAGGCAGUGACUUGGUUAUUUUCAUGAGCGAAUUUGCUGUUCCAUGUUUUGUUUUCAUUGGCAUUGUACCAUGGGGGCUGGAAUCUGCUUCACAAAGGUUAUCUUGGUUGCCAGCAAUUGCUUUGACAUUUUGUGUGGGCUUUCUAAGGUUUUAAUAGUAACGAGAUUAAAAUAUUUGAGAUGAGACUCUAAUAAGCAGCUGUGUGACAUGACCAGGAAGCAGGUGCCAUGUGGGGCGCUCGGUGCCGUGAGAGGGUCUCGGGCCUGCGCUUCAGGGGGGGCUCACUUCAGAAGGGCACAGCUCAAGGUAGUUGAGCCAGAGGAAAUGUCCGAAAGUAUUUGGUGCCCAGGCUCCCUCUGGAGGUGUGAGAUGCAGGUGUGCUCUCUCCUCCUGGCCCCCCAUUCUUUAGCUCCCCCUUCCUUGGCCAACUCACUGUGCUAACUUCUGCACACUAACAGCCCCCUAAGGAAUCAGAUCCCUGACGUUGACUGUGACAAUGUAAAGGGACAAAAGUCUGGCUCCCAGGUGGGGAUUCUGAGUUACGGAGGCUCAUCUUUCAGAAAGUUAAGUCAGUUGAAGGAAUCAGUUGUAUGAACCUGUCCAACAGGUGCCACGCAUUCACCUGUGUUUUUAAACUCCCCCCAGGAUGUGGGUCGCCUGAACGUCUUCAUUCAAUGGCCAUUGUCUGCUUUAAGCACGUAUGGGAAAAUGUUAAUAAUUUGGAGAGUGUUGUUAACAUGACCAGGUAUAUAAGUAACACAGAAACUGAAAUUUCCAACCACAGCUAGAUUCACUGGUGUAAAAUUAGGCCAAGUUCAAAACAGAGGUUUUCAGCCAAGGCACUUACCUGGGGCCGAGUCAGUCUCUGCCCAUUUAUACAAAAAUUUACAGCCCUCCGAUGAGCGAGAUCUGCGUUCCGUCUUGUGUAUCUGCACUUUUUUUUUUUUUUGAAGCAAAACGUUGUCCUGAAAACUUCUGGAACUGCCGAGUAGCUUUGAUUAUAUGUUCGUCUCAUUAUAAUGGAAGAUUUCUAUCUAUGCAGCUAAUAUGUGUUUUCUGUGUCGCCCCCAAUCUCUCUCCCUCGGGGUGGGGGCUGACCCUGUUACUGUGCCAUACUCUUCCCGGCGCCGUGGGGCCAAGUCAAAGAAGACUUUCUUGAUCACUUUCCACCUGUCUGACUUGAACCCAGGGGUUGAGUUUAUUGCUUUAUCGGAACAUGUUUGUGGUUUUGUGUCAUAUUGGGGGGCACAUUUCCUUUCUGGUACUAUAAACUGUAGUGAAUACUGGUCAGUAAUUUCUAUGUGUAUUCCAUAUGUUCGUGUGCUUGAAGUGACAAUCCAUAGUUUGUAACAGUUUGUUAUUUGUCCACUUUGAACUAUCCUGUAUUUUGAGGACAUUUAAACAUUCCUUGUCCUAUCAAGGCAACACAAGCAGAAUGUAAACUUGGGGAUUCUUCGUGAUUAAGUAUAACAACUUUGUUUUUAAAUCUAAUAAAAAUAAAGUCGUGACCUUUUUU